AUGUUGCGAAUAACUACACUGUUCCGGGCAGCUAGCUUUAAAGCACUGGCAACUAAUGGUAGUGACAUUGUUUGUGCCUCCACAAAAUGUAUUCCAGCAAAUAGAACCAUCUGCACAGCGGUACAAAACAUUCGGUUUAACAUGCCGGUAGCAGCACCGAUUGUUUUCGGUACACAGCUACCAGUUAGACACUAUGCAAAGGGAAAGGAUAAAAAGAAGGACAAAAAGGGUGCCCCAGCGAAGGUACAAAUAAAUGAGGAGCAACUAGCCAAUCUAAUCGACCUGGAAGGUUUGCGAACGCAGAUGGAAAAAAGUCUCACCACCAUGAAGGAUGAUUACGUGAAAAACCUCUCCCUGCGCUCUACAACCGGUUCCAUCGAAACGUUGCGCAUCACGUACGAGGGCAAGGACUAUCAGCUGCAGGAACUAGGACAAGUAGUACGUAAAAACCCCAAAACCCUCGUCGUUAAUUUGGUCUCGUUUCCACAAACCAUCCCGGUCGUGCUGCAAGCAAUCCAGCGCAGCGGCAUGAACCUAAACCCGCAACAGGACGGUACAACGCUGUUCAUACCGGUGCCGAAGGUAACGCGCGAACAUCGCGAAGGUUUGGCGAAGAAUGCCAAGGUGCUGUUCAUCAAAUGUCGUGAUCGCAUUAAGGAUGCUCAGAACCAAUCGAUCAAGAAGCUAAAAAAACAAACAACCGUAUCGGAGGAUGAUGCUUUUCAGGCGCAGACCCAAAUCACGGCCAUCGCAGAUACCUUCGUGAAGGAGGCGGAAAAGUUAAUGGAACUGAAGCAGUCCGAGCUGCUGGGAGAUAAAUGA